AACACUCUUCCGUUUUCCACGCCAGUGUUCGAUAUCUCACCCCGCGAUACUCUUCGUUCACUAUCUAACUAAUCUAUCUAUCUGUCUAACUAAAUCUGUAUUUGUUUGUCGUGUAGAAACUUUAACCCCGCGAUGUCCAGGAGAAACGCAGGAAUUUCAUCUUUAGGCACGUAGACGUAGAUGUAGACUCGUUGGGUUUCUGGCUCAUCGUGGACACUUAAUUUAUGUGUCUAAUGCGUCUAAAUACGAGCGCGCUUUUUCAUAGAACAACUUCCGGAACUUUGUCGGGAGCAUGUCAAUGAAAAACGAGCUUCUGUUCCCGGUCAAACGCUUCACCUCGAGAGCGGAUGUCAACUGUCAACUGAUUCAACGAGAUUCAAUGUUCACUGUACGCGCGCGUUAAGAUCUGUUAAGAUCUGUACAGUAAGAGUAAGAACUGUCAAAAGAUAGACUAGUAUAUAUACACGUAUGACCGAACGACGAUGCACGCCACGUACCGUGAAACGAGGCAGAACGCAAAUACGACACUACGACGACGACAACGCUGAUCCACUUUUGGCCGAGUCCGCAUGCGCGUUCUUCGAUUCGAGCGCGAACUACAUACGCUGCUCAAAACAAUUAUGUAACAACAACGUUGAUAGGAUAAAUUGGGCACAUAUUUAACUCAAGACUAUCGUUGCGUGUACUUGCCGCCCGUUUAAAAGGAAAUGACCGCGCAAAGUUGAAACCAGCCAAUAGGUGACUCGCGCGGCGGUGUCGUGGUGUAGCGAGUAGAGAUAGAACUUCGUAGCGGGUAGCGGAAUCGUGGAACGUGGAACGACGCAACGCCAGUCGAGAUCGAGGCAAGUUGAGGCAGUCGAGAACAUUUUAGUGUGGUAUUACGAUCAAUGAAGUGAUUGCAUCAACAGCAACGUGAUUGGGUUCGUCCUGGCGUCCACUGGCCAUUCAAAAGGUAUCGACUACGCGAAUAGAGGAAUUCCUCCUGAAAAUUCAGUGGCGUCCGUCCUCAACAUAUCCUUCGAAGAGCCGAACCAUGAGCCAGGGUUAUCAAGAGAAGAGUACGGAUAAGAAGGAAAUCGCGGAGGAGGAGAGGGAAAAAAUGCUGAACGCCGAGAAUACGAAGCACACGGUAUCAUCGACCGCUCCUGACUCGGAAUCCGAAGAACAGAAGCCUAAGAAGAAAAUACCCAUCGGUGGCAUUAAGAUGCCCGGCUUUUGUCGUACAAAGAGCAAGGAACCUUGCAAAGACGACGAGGGUAAACCAGCUGAUGCAGGCGACGCCGAAGUAACAGAGAAAAAUGCUAAAGAAAACGAGCAGAACGUGUCUUCAGAGAAGGCGAACACGCCGAGCAAAGAAACAAAAGAGAAAGAGGGACGGAAGGGCUUCCUCGACGCCAUAAAGCUACCCUUAGUCUCUGUUUUCCCUCGGAAAAAGAACAAGGAAGGAGAAGUGGAAUUGGGAACAACCGGGACCGCAGGAUUAGCUAGCGUCGAGACCUUGGACGACGGUGCAGGAGACAAGAAUCCAGUGGGGACCGAAGACGGAAUGGAAACUGUACGUCUCGAUGGGGACGCUCCAGAUGGUAUCGACUCUCCUAAGCAACAUUUUCUUGUUGCCUGCAUUGCUAUUGCCAGAAAAAACUUAUUUGUAUUAGUGGCCACGCUCUGUAUCCUGCUAUCGGUGAUCAUCAUCAUUUGCGUUGCCUGUGUCGGUCCAAGAAAGGGAAACACACAUCUAAUCAAAGAUGGAAAUUACGUGGAGGCUGUUACAUCUUGCGGUCCGGUGCAAGGUGUAUCGGAAGACGGUGCGUUUGCAUUUAGGGGAAUCCCGUAUGCGGUUCCACCGAUAGAAAAUCGUCGCUGGCAACCCGCGGAACCUUUACGAAGAAUAGAACGUUGUUGGACGGAUACUUAUCUCGCAUACAAUUCAUCGGAAGUGUGCUUGCAACGAGAUGCUUUCGGUGGUGUGAUUGGAACCGAGAAUUGCUUGUAUUUAGAUGUGUUCACGCCUGAAGUCAGAUAUGACUCACCUUUGCCUGUAGUCGUUAUGAUUGGCGCAGAGACCCUGAACGGAGGAUCACCAGGUGUUAUGCAGCCUUCUGCAAAGCUGGCGCGAGUCCGUGACAUGGUUUUUGUCAGACCGAACUUCCGAUUGGGUAUUUUUGGUUUCCUAGCCGCCGAGCCGCUCUCGAGAGCAACCCACCCACCCACGUCUGGAAACUAUGGACUUUCUGACAUCAUAGCAGCGCUCCAAUGGGUUCAGCUCAAUAUCGAGAAUUUUGGUGGUAACAAGCAUUCCGUAACUCUGUGGGGACACCGUGCAGGAGGAACGCUUGUCGCCACUCUUGUUGGCAUUCGUCGAACGAAAGAAUUGUUCUCCCGAGUUUGGAUAUCCAGCGGAAGCGCGAUCUUUCCCGGUAGAGAGUUAGAGGACUCGGAGAAAUUCAACGAGCAAUUCUUGAAUUCCAUAAAAUGCAACGACGCCGCCUGUCUGAGAAGCAAAAGCGUCGAGGAAUUGAUGGACUCUGUUCCGGAUACUUGGUAUUCUGGGAACAUUGGGUUACCCGAGGCUAGGGAAGCGACGUCCAGAGACAGACGACACGAAUGGUUAGUCCUGGAUGGCGCUAUUCUUCAAGAACCCGUCGGUCGUAUCUGGGCAAAGGACGAACUUUCAGUUAAGAUCGUGAUGGGCACCACAGCUCAUGCAGGAAUUCCUUUGAAGUAUCUUAAUUCGAAUACAACUCUAAAUUCCACGCAAGUCGAGAAGCUGGUAAGAGAAUCUCUUUUAGGGACAUCGGGUUUAGCCGACGAGGCUCUUAAACGUUACAACACUACGUUGAAGGGUUUGUCGAGCAUGAUAUCUGACAUCCGUGUGAUAUGUCCGCUGCUGACGGUAGCCCGAAUGCAGACUACCAUCCCAUUCUAUGUGGCAACACAACCUCGUGGUCAGUUUGCAGACCCUGACAGCGAUGCAGCCGCGAUACUCGGGUCGUUUGCUGCGCGUACACCCGAGGAAAAAAGGCAUGUCUCUGCGAUGCAACAAUUGUUUAAUCAUUAUGUUUGGCACGACGAAGUAGCACAGGCGGAUUCGAAUGGCGUCAAACGAGUUCUCAUUGUUGGACAAGACACCAUUCCCGAACAGGAUUAUCCUAACUGCGACGUCUGGAUAGGGAAAAACAUUGUACCAUCUUAUGGUCGGGUUGAUUGAAUUAUUUUUUUCGUGGUAUAUCGAAUGGGGGAGACCCAGAAUUUCGGACAAGCUUGAGAUAUUCUUCGCAAAGACUAUUUUGCUAUCGAGCUUUUCAGACUUGCUGCGUUGUUCCUGAGGAGUUCAAGACGAAAGAAACGAAUCGAAAAUAUUUCAAAAGACGAUGCUUACCGACGGACUAAACCGAUGAAAGGGAGAGGGGUGUUUCCUUUAUAAUAUAUUGUUAGUUCUCACAGUGAAACGAUUCUUUGAGUCGUCCGAAUCGUCACAGCUAUCUCCGAUGUUCUAAAUGUAAAGUCAUUAACGGCUUUCAUUAGAAUUUCAUCGUGCGAGAUAUAGUAGUAAAAUACUCAUCCAUAUCAUACGGGUUUUAUCGAAUAACGAUAAAAGCGGACGAGGUGCAUGUUACUUGUUCUUCUCGUUAAGUUUUAGAACUUAAAUAAAUAGCGUUGAUCAAUGAUCUGAAUUCGAAGUUAACUAGGAAAGAAUUUCUUGAGCUUUCUUCUUUUAUACGUAACGUGGUCGAUACUUGCUAACAGCAUUUUCAUUUACAACAUUUUAUGUUGUAACAUCGUAGUAUUACGGGUUGUUUUUAAAGAAAUUGAUAUUAUUUAUUGCGUGAAAUGAUAUUAGAUGACACACUGUAUGCAUAAAUUGUGUAAGCGUAUAUUCUAAACACUCGAUGUUUAUCGAAGGGAUGAAUAUUUUGGUGAAGAAACUAUUUAUUAACGUAAUUUUUACAAACUACUAUUUAAGUGAUUCAAUAAGCAGGUCCCUCUCCUGAAAUAAUCGUUUUCAUAACAAUGCAAACUCAGUCGUGGGUUAUCCGAGUUUUUUAAGGAUCGGAAAAUAUAAGCAUAUUAAAUUACUCACUUCGAUAUAUUGUUUCAUGUACUCGAAAGAACUAAGUAUAGUCAUAUUUAACGAGUUAUUAUCGAAGAUACAUAUUAGUUUCAUCCCUGUAUAUUGUCACUGCUCUUUAAUUUUCAAUUUUCUUUCCUUUUGUUUUAACGUGAAUGUACUUAAAUGUAUUACAGGUCUAUAUUGUUCCAAGCACGGAAACACGCAUCUGAUUUCUAAAGUGUAAGACUGAUUUUAGAGAUCGGCAUUUCAUUUGCAUAUGAAUGUCUUUUUUUUAUAUAUAUAUAUACCAUAUUAGUUGUAAUCGAAUAGCUUUAUAGUAUAAAAAUACCUGCUUUAUCUAAGCAAAGUUUGUUAUACUGUAAAUUAAGGAAUGCGUAAAGAACUUUUUCAUUGAGCUCAUUAUUUCGAUACUAACAAAGAACCACUUGUAAAACUUGUGAUCACAAUGACAUUUGUAUGACAGCCAAAUUGCACUGAGCACGUAUUUAUGCUAUCGAACUUAAAAUUUUACUAGAUGUAGGAACAUCUUUUGUAUCUUUAUACCACUAAUACUAAGAAUGUACGCAUUUUAAUAAUUAAUUAUUUAUCGAAGAAAGAUAACAUUUGUAACUAUUCGUGAGUCUAGUAAAAUUUUAAGAAACAAUUACAUUUUCAUUUCAUUGUGCAUUCGAAUAUUUGUAAAUGGUAUUUGAAGAAAAAUAAAAUGGUGUCAUUCAUUUUUUACACAUCAGAUGAAAGAUUGCAAUUCUAAUAGUCAAUAAUAUAUAAUAAUAUAAGAACAGCUGAUUUACAAAUUAACAAGUAUAUUUUAUUCAAUUUUUUUAUUUAUAUAAGAUAUAGUAAAACAAUGUACAUGUGCAACUUAAAUGAAAACUAGACACAAUUAUAAAACAGCUAUAUAGGUAGUUCAUUUUACUAUUAAUUUAUCCCUCGAUAUUAAGUUACUGUGAUUCAUUUGUACGAUAACAAAUUUGACCAAAUUGAAAAUGUAAGUACCUUGAGAGUGAUUUCAGAUCAUUUGUAACAUUCAUUAUCCUCCACCACUCUGCAGCACAUUCCAAACUAUCCUGUAUAUUAUAUACUUAAUUGUUGUUGAGUGUGGUGAAUGAAUAUAUUAAAUAUAGCAGUUUUUCGUA